CUACUCUAUGUCAUAGAUAAACUCAUCAUAGGUUAGCCUAGGGCAAUCUGGCACGCUACCUUACACCACCUCCUCCGCUUCCACUUUGAUUAAACUCUGCCUUAUUAUAAAGCCAAACAUGAGUAACAGGGCAAUGGGGAAGUGCAGAGCAAUGGAGAAAUUAGAAAUCUGAAAGAAAAUGAAACGACUUUGAUCAUCAUCGAUCUUCUUUCUUGUUGCAACACAUGGAGUCUGUUGGUUCAACUGAUAAGAAGCAAAAGGCAAAAGAAGAUAUAAUCAGCAAGCUACCUGAUUCACUUAUAAGUCACAUUCUCUCUUUUCUCCCAACAAAAGACGCUGUUCGUACAAGUGUAUUAUCUACAAGAUGGAUAGAUUGCUGGAAAUUAAUCACAAAGAUGAAUUUUAAUGAUAGCGUGUUUUACUCUCCGAAGAAGAAGAAAUCUGGCGGAAAACAGUACUUUAUAAACUUUGUUAAUAGAGUACUUCAUCUUUCUAAAACAUACCGUAUGGAAAGUGUUUCUCUUGUCAUAACUAAGCAAUAUGAUGUAUCCCUUCUACAUACAUGGAUCUCUUGCAUCUUGAACAAAGAUGUAAAAAAGCUUUCCAUCAGUUCGAAUUUAGAACUUUCCUUUUCAGCUCUUAUGUCUCGCACUCUUUUCAAUAACUCUACUGAUUUAGAAGAAUUGGUGCUCGAGAUGUGUGAUUGUGCUAUCAAAGUCCCUUCCAACUGUACUUCUGGUUAUUUUAUUUUUGGAAGCCUAAAAGUUCUCAAGUUGUAUGGAAUUAUAUUUACAAUUGACAAAUCCCAAGGUAUUAUUUUUUCUGUAUUGAAGAAGUUUGAGACAAAAAACUGCUCUUGGUUAAGUGCACAUGAUGUCACUCUAAAAAUAGAUGCACCUCUACUUGAAAGUGUUUACAUAGAACAAGGCCAUGAGUCAGUAACUCGUGAGCUACGUCGCUGCACAAUCAAAUUUUCUGCUCCAUGUAUGAAAGAAUUCACUUGCUUCAUUUUGCGGGGUAGGAGUAUUGUUCAAGAAACUGUAUCAUGUCUUUGUCUCCUUCUCAAACAAUUUAGUCAAGUGAAGUGUAUCAAAUUUCAGGGAUCGGAGGUUCUUACACAACCAAAUGUGGCUGUUCUGCCUAAAUUUGCAAUGUUGAGCCAUUUGGAACUUGAGUUUGUUAGUGGUGAAGUUUUGUUGGGCUUACUUCAAAAGUCCCCGGUUCUCAAUACUCUAAUUUUCAAGGGAAUAUCAAAAUUUGACCAAGAGCUUCUGAAUUCUGCUGUUGUGCCGGGUUGUUUGGCAUCAACUCUCCAGGUUGUGAAAUUUGGAAAUGUCCAUGGAUUGGAGCAUGAACUUUUUCUGGCUAAAUUUUUUAUGGAAAAUGGUAUGGUGCUUGAGAGGAUGAGUUUCUCUGCUGUAAGGUGGUGUGACGAAGAGUUGAUUGAAGAAUUUAAGGAGAAGUUGUACUCGUUUAAGAAAGGAGUCUCUUUUGCUAUACUUGAAUUUCGUUAUUAGGUUGCAAAAGCAAGUUGUACAUGUUUCUUCUGGACGAUGUGUCUUUUGAUUACAAUCUAUGAUCAUAGAUAGGUUGUAAUUUUGUACUGGAAGUAAUUAUAUGCACAAAGGGUGCCUUUAUUUUUGGCCAAAAGAUAAGUUUGUAAAUUAAUAGCAAGUAUGUAACUAGUGGUGCUAUGCUAUGUACUGCGAUAUUAAUGUAUAUGUUUACCCAAAAAUUGCUUAUUUUACCCUAUUACAU